AUGACUGCGCCACCCCCCGUCACCCCCGUGCCCACCGCGGUCGCUGGCACCAGCAUCACCCCCGUGCCCACCACGGUCACCGGCACUUUCAUGACCCCCCGGGACCUGCUGGAGAGGAGCACGAACAUGUCCACAGGUGCCCCCCCCUGUGCCAAGGACAGCGCUGCUGAAACAGACUCCCUGCUCUGGCACUGUCCCCGGGAGCAGCUGAAGUCCCUGCCACGGGCAGAGCUGGAGGGGCGUCUGGAGAGCACCCUCAUCAUCAUCGAAGCCCUCUCGCUCCAGCUCCGUGACUGGCAGGAGAACCAGCGGCCACUGCCCGGUGUGGGGCCGGCCGAGCAGAGGGACACGUCCACGCAGACGGCCAUCACCCACCCCAAAGGGGAGGAAGAGAUCUACCGCAAUCUCUACCUUGAGCUGCGGAAGAAAGUGGAGGCUCUGCAGCGGCAGCGGGGAGCGGAGCGGGACCUGCAUCGGGAGCUGGAGCUGUCAACCGCGGGGAUGAAUGCCUGGAGCAGUCAGUGCCUCCUGUUUCGGGGCCUCGUGGAUGUUGUGUUUCAGAGCUUGCAGGAUGAGCAGGGAGCCCUUGACUGGGAGCGGGAGCAGGCAAGGGCCCUGGUGUUGCGGUGCCGGGCCGUGCUGGAGAGCGUGCCCGGCAAGCUGCGGAGCUGCCUGGAGGAGCGGGAUGCCAUGAGGCAGCGAGCAGACGAAGCCCUCCGAGCCAAGGAGGAGGGCGAUCGCUUCCUGGAGGCCUUCCACACCCACGCCAGUGCCCAGAUCAGCGCCCGUGACCAGAGCCUGGCCUCCCAGCGGGAGCUGGGCAUGCUACUGGUGGAUGCCAUUGACCAGCAGGCAUCCCUGGCUGCCCAGAGGCAGCCUUUCAGGGAAUUCAUAGACGUCACCUUUGAAAAUCUGGAGGAGGAAAGGAGAGCCCUGGACACAGAGCGGGAGCAGACGAGGGCCUUGGUGUCCCGGUGCCGGGCUGUGCCGGAGAGCGUGCCUGGGAAGCUGCGGAGCUGCCUGGAGGAGCGGGAUGCCAUGAGGCAGCGAGCGGAGGAAGCCCUUCAAUCCAAGGAGGAGGUGUCCUGCCAGCUGAAGGAGACCUCAGUGGCCCUGCAGGAUGCAAUGGCUCGGAUGGAGCAGCUGACAGUGGCCAACUCACGCCUCAGCACAGACGUGAGCUCCCUGAUGACGAACCUGGCCAACCUGGAGCAGGAGCGGGAUGCGCUGCAGCAGGAGAAUGAGAAGCAAUGGGAGGAGAUGGCCUGGCUGGCGCGGGAGCGGGAGACCCUGCAGCAGGAGUGCAAUGGGCUGUGCCAGGAGCUGCGGGAGGCAACUGAGUGCCGGGAGUUCCUUGACCAGGAGAACUGCAUGUCCCGCUCGCAGCUGCUGGAGGUGGAGGCCAGGCUGAAGUCCUCGCUGGCCACCCUGCAGGAGCGCAGCCUUCAGUAUGAGGAGCUGAUGGACUCCCACCAGCGACUGCGGGAAGAGCAGGCUGCCCUCAGCAAGGAGCUGGAGAGCACCAAGGCCGAGCUCCUUGACUUGCAGCUCAAGAGGGACAAAGUCUCCUGGUGCUCCGCAGACAUUGCCGAGAGCAAGAUGCGGCUGCGGGAGCUUGCUGACUGCCUCAGGGCUGCUCUGCAGGAGGAGGAUGAGGCCCCAUCAAGAAGCAGAGCCUGGACACCGGCUCCACGGACACCGGGUUGGCAGACCCCCCGCCGUGCCUGGACCCCUGCUUGCCGUACCCCAGCGUGCCGCACCCCAUACUGUGCCGGGGGCUCCUUUGUGGGCAGCGUCCUGAAAGCGGUGUCAGGGAAAGAUGCCGAUGAAGCCACUGGAGGUGGGAGUGCGUUUACCAAGGACAAAUCUGCCUCUACACCAAAGCCAAUAGAGCCUGAGGACGGUCUGCUGGAGAACAUGAAGGAACUGAGAGCUGUGGUCUCUGACCUUGCCAUGCUGAGCUGCCGCAUCCAGGAGUUGGAGCAGAGCGAGUUCAAGGCGCUGCAGACGGAGAAGGGACCACUGCUGUCCUCUCCUAGCUCUGACCUGCAGCUUCGGCUGGAGAUGGUGAUGGCUGAGAACCAGGAGAAGAUGGACACCCAGGCUGCCACCAUCGCCAAGCUGAACAAGGCACUGAGGGGCAAGCUAGAGAACGAGAAGGAGCUGCAGGACGUGGUGAAACAGCAGGAAGAGAAAAUGCUGCAACUCAUCGACAAGAGUGGGGAAGUCACAAGGCUGAAGGGAGAGGUGUCCCAGCUGAAGCGCUUGCUCCAGCAUGCAGAGACGGAGGCUAAGGUGCUGAGGGAGGAAAUGCGGGGGCAGGAGCCUAAGGUGGAUGCUGCCUAUGUCCAGGAGCGAGUCCUGCUGUGGCAGGAGGUGGACAAACUGCGGCUGCUGCUCCUGGAGAAAGAGGAUGAGAAUCUGCUGCUCUCUGACAAGUACCUGGAGCAGGUCCGAGGGCUGGAGCUGAGGCUUCAUCAUGCCCAGAAAGUGCUGAGGACCCAUGAGGAGAUGCAGGAGAAGAUGAAAGAGGUCCUGUUGGCUGUCCCUGAAGUGGCAGCGGGAUGCCAGGAGCUCCACAGCCUCCUGCGGUACUUGGGCCUGAAGCCGGCCAGUGGCAGCAAGGAGGCUGCUGAGCCGCUAUAG